UAAAUUUCCUCUCUGCUAUAAUUUGUUUGUUAAUUUUUUCUUUCUCUUAACAGUUGUCUUUUUAAAUAACAUAAUGUUCAACAAUUUCAUGUGAUUCUUUCAUAUUUCUUUAGUCCAGUGUAAUCAAAUUGUAAUUGUGAUCUGGGUCAUCUGACAAGUGCAACUUGAAGCUGUUUUAUACUUGUGCUCCGUUCCCUUUAAUUUUUCGAAUCUUGUCAGUUUUUCACUCUUUUCCUUCUCUCUUCUCGGAAUAUACUCUUCAUGAGAUUAUUUAUUUUUCUCUGAAUGUUUGUUCUAUCUGAGAUAGAUUAGUUCAUUUAUUGAAUUAAAAACAAUUGGAAUCAAUUGAGGAAUUACACUUUUAUCAUAGUCAAGUCAUCUGGAAGGUUGGAUAUUACAUUUACGAUUACAUUCUGGAAGGAUUUUGAUCUCUAAUUUCAUGUUGCUGUAAUAGCUAUGUCUCAUCAUAGUGAUGAAGCUAUGCUGGUUCCAAGUAGUGAUAGUUUCUGGGAACCAGGAAACUACAAAAGGACAACAAAACGAACAGAGGAUGGUUUCAAGCUGUGUAAUGAUUUAAUACAAUUAAUUAGUGAAAGAAGUGAAAUAGAGAAAAAUUAUGGUAAAUCUUUACGAGGAUGGGCCAAAAAAUGGAAUGAACAAAUUGAGAAAGGUCCAGAAUAUGGUACCAUGGAGGCAGCCUGGAAAGCUGUAAAUUCUGAAGCAGAGAGACGAUGUAAUAUUCAUUUACAAAUUAAGGACAAAUUAAUUGAUGAUGUUGUACCUCAAAUUAAACAAUGGCAGAAGGACAAUUACCAUAAAUCAAUGAUGCAACUAAAGGAAAAGAAAGAUUUUGAUGAUGCCUUUAAAAAAGCUCAAAAAACAUGGGCUAAACAUUUCGAAAAAGUCAAUAAAGCCAAAAUAGAUUACCACUCAGCCUGUAAAAAUGAAAGAUCAGCUGUAAACUUAGAACGCAAUGCCUCUGGCGAUACUUCUCUGUCUCCUGAUCAGGUUAAGAAACUUCAGGAUCGAGUGAUAAAGUGUAAAGAUGAAGUUCAAAAGACAAAGGAAAAAUACGAACAAGCUCUUAAAGAAAUCAAUGAAUACAAUGCAAAGUAUAUUGAAGAUAUGACUGUAGUGUUUGAAAAGUGCCAAGAAUUCGAGCAUAAACGUCUUGAAUUUUUUAAAAAAAUGCUUUUCGCAAUCCAUGGCUGCCUUAAUUUUACCAAAAAUCCUGAUUUAUCUUUAAUAUACGAAGAGUACAGACACACCAUUCAAAACGCUGAUGCUUCCAAAGAUCUUAAAUGGUGGUCUAACAACAGUGGUAUUGGCAUGGCAAUGAACUGGCCUGUUUUUGAGGAAUAUAUUGAAGAAUUUCGUGAUAUUAUUGGUAAAAAUAGCAAGGAAAGCACCAUCAGCGAAUCUGGCAUUACUCUUGUCAAUCAACACAAAUUCAAUGAGGAAUUGCCCGAAUAUACGUCGGACUUACAGUCAUCCAAAAGAGAAAAGCGAAAUAUGAAAGGCGAAAUAACCAUAGAACAAGUUAAAUUAACUAAUGCUAUGAAUUUGGCCAAUUCAAUGAACAAACUUAACAAAUCAAUAAGUGAAAAACGAGACUCACAUGAUUCCUCAAAUGGUAAAGAUGAUGCCAAUCCAUUUGACGAUGAACAUGAAGAAUGGGAAGACUAUACUAACGAUGCCUUAGUCGAUAAUGGAGAGCCUGGAAUACCUGUCCGUGCUCUUUACGAUUACGAAGGAGCUGAGUCAGAUGAAUUAUCUUUCAAAACAGGAGACAUCUUUGAAAAGCUAGAAGAUGAAGAUGAACAAGGCUGGUGCAAAGGACGCAAAGAUGGUCGAGUUGGCCUUUAUCCAGCAAACUAUGUAACUCCAAUCGUUAAGUGAUAGCCCAUUCUUCCUAUCAUAAACAUCAUCAUUCCAUAAUUGUGUAUAAACUCAAAUCAAUUCCAUGAUGGCCUGAUUCUAGCGGGUAGUUUCCCAUUCAUCAAUACUGUCUAUCACUGUCAUUAUGUUGAGAUCAAGCCAUGUUGAUAAAACACCUCACCAACCAGUUUUAAUCUAUUUAUUAACUACAAAAUUCAAUUCAAGGAAAUUGAGUUUUUUAUUUACGACUGCACCAUUAUCAAAUAUUCAUAGGACUCAUCGUGAACAGGAUAAAAUCACAUGAAAUACAGUUUCAUCUCAUCUAUUCUGUUGAUUGGAUCACUCAGUUAACUGUUAACCACUGGAUUAACUUUCUUCUUCUGAAUUGUAACAUAAAUUCAUCUACAUGCAUCAUUGUAAAAUAGCAAGAUAAUUGCGUAUACAAUAUAAUGUAUGGAAUACAUUUCGGGUGAAUAUAAAUAAUGCAGAUUCUCAAUGAUACAUGCAAAAUUAAUUUCUGUGAAAUUCAAGUCUCAUGUAUUUCAACAACUGAAAGUGACUAUUCUUGCUUUGUUGAUCUAUUAGUCUCUGCAGUUUUUAUAUUCACCCUUUUCAAUCAACUUGAUGAAUCUCAAGUUUUUUCAACCGUCAAUAAUAUUUUAAGGUGAAAUAAUUUUUCUUGUACAAACAGAAAAGUUAAUAUUCUUGAACUAUGACCACAAAAAAACUUCAAGCUCAUUUAAAUUAAUAACGAUUGCAUUUCUAUCAAAUUGUCGAUACAAAUGUUAUCUUUACGUGAUCUUCCAACUUCAAACAACUUAAAAUAUCUCUGUUUGCUUUGAGUGAUCAUAUUAUUUAUAGUUAAUUUAUUCAUAAAUUUGUGUUUGUUGCUAAUAUUUUUUUUAUAAUUUAAAUCAACUUGAAUUUUAAUCUCCAUAAUCUAUCUUACGAACCAAUAAUCCUUUUAAAGAUUUCUGUUUGAAAAUAAGGUCAUAUUUUACCUUAAAAUAUUACUGUUGAUCAUUGAGAAAACAAUUUUAAUGCAUGAACAAUCAUUUAUUGUUCAAUUUUCUUCUCCAACACUUGAAUAUUCUUGGUUAAAUUCUGAUUUAGAUUAAUUUAUUCACUUUUUAUUGUUACAUAUUUUAUUACAACCGAUGUUAUAAUGAUAUAUUGUAAGCUAACAAAGCAAUAUCACAUUUCUUUCUUCUUUUUUAUUUUGUGAAUGUCAUUCCAGUCUUUUUUUGUUGAAUAACAGAAUCAGAUCAUCCAAUUAAGUCUUACCACUUGUCAUUACAAAAAUCGUCAAAUUUAAUAAAAUACAAUUUACGAGCAACAGA